AUGGCUUCUCUAGGCUACGACUCCUUCGGUGGCACCACCUGGCGUGACGUGGCCAAUGAGACGACCAAGCUGCAGACGGAGAAGGGAACCUACGUCCCAGAGUACUUGGAUCCUGCAGUGCACUGCCCCGAGGACAUGAAGACCUGGCCCAGUCGCGACUCCAUUCUGGAGAUGUGUGUGGCCUGCGGGGAACGACAUGGCCUCGAUGAGAAAACCAGGUUCAACACCUCGCUGGAGAAAUUGGAGGUGAAGGGCGACACCUUGAAUGGGGGGCACUAUGAGCUGCACCUGACCACGGAAGACGCAUCGGAGACGUUGAAGGUGAGCGCGUUGAUUAGCUGUCCAGGUACCUUCUACAACCCUAUCGACAUCAAAUGGCCCGGUCGCGAUGAAUUUGGUGGCUAUGUUUGCCACGGUUCCUACGACAGCAUCAACUAUGAUAAGCUGAAGGAUGCCUCCGUUUGCAUCGUGGGGCAUGGCGGCUUCACCAUCGAAAAUGUCCGGACCUGUGUGGAGCGGAAGUCCAAGAAGGUCUACGUGGUCUGUCGCCACCGCCAUCUCGCCGGGCCGAAGAUGGUCUCGUGGAUGGUGAGCGGCGCAGCGGUGCCCUUGCCAGGACCUUAUGUCGUGGAAGCUUUCCAAAUGAUGUAUAGCUUACUGGGUGUGGAUGUAUGGGCGCAUCCUGUGGUGAACGCGAAUGCAGAUCGCAGCAGUGCAAUUCUGACUCAGACCACGACUUUUGGAGUGACAGAUAUCUACUUCCUGGCCUGCUACUACAAGGUUUGCGAGAUUGUGAACGGCGAGAUCGAAAAGCUGAGCAAAGGCAAAGUUGUCUUGACGGACGGCAAGGAGCUGGAGUGCAAUGUGAUCAUGAAAUGCCUGGGAAGCACCGGGGCCACCGACUUUGAUGAGAUCAUCGGAUUUCAGUUCUACCAGGGCUGGUGGGUCAAUGGCGAUCCCUUGCUGCCAGUGGUGGCGCCUGCGAAAGGUGUCCAGGCCAAAAACUUCGCAGGAUUUAGCUUGGCACCAGGCUAUGCUGGGAUGAUCGUGACCAAUCGCUACAUCUUGGAUGACCCAGCGAGGUUUUUGGGUGUGAGGGAUUGGCUACCAAAGACCACCAAGGACGAUCACUACGAGUGCAACUACAUCUACAAAGGCUCCCAUGUGUUGGCAACGAUGGUGAUUCUUCAGGGGCAGUUCCCGGAACUCACAGCCGAGCUGGCGGAAGCUGACAAGCUCAAGGCCGAAAAGCAUAUGAAAGCGCACCCCUUGGAGAAGCACCUGUCGGAAUGUUUGGCGGAGUGGAAGAUGUACAUCAAGAUGAUGAAGGCUGCGAGAAAAGAUAAAGUGCAAAAAUGUUGA